AUGGAUGAGGCAUAUAAGCUACAAUCUGUAUGGUAUCAUCAUGAAGAAUUGAAUUCAGCGGUUGAAGGUGACAGUGACAGCAGAUUCAACAAGUGGAAUGAUGAGAUUUUUAGGUUAUAUGAAGCAGCUGAUGAGUUUAUGGUUGACGAGUUUGGUAAUAUGGUUGACUUAGGUGAUAGUGGAGAGGUUGAAGAGAAGAAAAAAUAUGAUUUUCUUGCAAAACUUGCAGAUGCUGAAACACCCUUGUAUCCAAGUAAGCUCUCGGCUAUAGUAACACUAUUCAGAAUCAAGUCACAGAACGGUUGGUCUGAUAAGAGCUUCAAUGACCUGCUAGAAACAUUGUUGAAGAUGUUACCAAAGGAUAAUGUGCUACACACAUCACUGUACGAGAUGAAGAAAUUUCUGAAAUCAUUUGACAUUGGUUACCAGAAGAUUCAUGCAUGCGUCAAUGAUUGUUCUCUAUUCAGAAAAAAGUACAAGACGCUUGAUAAGUGUCCUAAAUGCAAGACUUCUAGGUGGAAGACUAACAUGCAACCUGGUGAAGUAAACAAAGGUGUUCCACAGAAAGUAUUAAGAUACUUUCCGAUUAUACCAAGGCUGAAGAGAAUGUUCAGAUCAGAGAAAACAGCCAAGGAUUUAAGAUGGCAUUUCACUAACAAGAGCAGUGAUGGAAAACUUCGACACCCUGUAGAUUCAGUUACUUGGAAUCAUAUGAACGACAAGUAUCCUUCUUUUGCAGCUGAAGAAAGAAACAUGCGGCUUGGACUUUCCAUAGAUGGAUUUAAUCCAUAUAAUAUGAAGAACACCAAGUAUAGUUGUUGGCCUGUUUUGCUAGUAAACUACAAUUUGCCACCGGAUUUGUGUAUGAAGAAUGAGAACAUCAUGCUUACGCUAUUGAUUCCUGGACCACAACAACCUGGAUGCAAAGUAAAGGGUCAAAUGGGCUGUCCUUUAUGUGGGAAAAAUACAAACAGCAUGUGGUUAAAGUUCAGCCGAAAACAUGUCUACAUGAGUCAUAGAAAGGGUUUGCCACCAACACAUAGUUUCAGAGGAAAGAAGUCGUGGUUUGAUGUGAGGAUAUUAUCCACUGAUUUAUCUGAGGAUGAAGAUGAGGAAAUAGAAGUAGACGAGGAUGAGUUAUCUAGAUGGAAGAAAAGAUCUAUUUUUUUCAAUCUACCUUAUUGGGAGAAUCUUCCGGUAUGGCAUAACUUAGACGUAAUGCAUGUGGAGAGAAAUGUGGCUGCAAGUAUUGUAUCUACUUUGCUACAUUGUGGGAAAUCAAAAGAUGGUCUUCAGGCACGUAAGGAUCUGGAAUAUCUGGGUAUUAGAAAGGAUUUGCAUCCUAAAACAAAAGGAAAAAUAACAUACCUUCCAGCAGCUCCUAGGUCAUUGUCGAAGACAGAGAAGAAAGUCUUUUGUAGGCGAAUUUUUGACUUCAAAGGACCAGAUGGCUACUGUUCAGACAUAUCGAAAGGUGUAUCAUUAGAUGACUGUAAGAUCACCGGUCUGAAAUCACACGAUUAUCAUGUCUUAAUGAAACAGCUACUUCCUAUUGCACUUAGAGGUUUGUUACCAAAAGGUCCUAGGAUAGCAAUUGUAACCUUAUGCAAAUUCUACAACCAGUUGUGUCAGCGAGUAAUUGAUAGAGAGCAGCUUUUGGUAAUGGAAGCUGAGAUCGUUGGAAUGCUCUGCAUGUAUAUGAUGGUUCUUAAAGAUUUUGUAAGAAACCCGGCAAAACCUGAGGGGUGUAUGGCCGAGUCAUAUCUCGUUGAAGAAUGCAUUCACUUUUGUAGUGAAUUUUUGAAGAAGACUACAAAUGUAGAGGAAAAACUAGAUAGAAACACUGAAUAUGAGAAUAGUUCUAUACUAGAGGGUCGCCCAAUAUCUGUAAGCACUUCAAUUACUCUUACUGAAAUGGAGACGAAAAUUGCCCACCUUGUUGUUAUACAAAACGUGGCUAUUGUUGAUCCUUAUGUCGAUGAGCACCUUCAGUACCUUCAAGACUCAAAUGGGAGAUGUAGAUCUGAUGCAUCACAUUUAUGGAAGAUGCAUACAGAAAAGUUUGUGGAUUGGCUAAAAAAAAAGAUCUCGCUUGAUUCAGAUAUACAUGAAGAAACACUUAAAUGGUUGGCUUAUGGUCCACGUAGUUCUACUCGGUCGUAUACAGGAUAUAUUGUUAAUGGGCAACGGUUUCACACUAGUUCAGUUGAUAGGAAAAGUCAGAAUAGUGGGAUCUUGUAUGAGGCUACAGCAGUAUGUAGGUCUAGUGCGAAAGACACCUCACAAGUAGUUGUUAUGGUCUCAUACUACGGCAGAUUAACAGAUAUUAUACUGCUGGAUUAUAAUGUUUUUUACGUUCCUCUAUUCCGGUGUCAAUGGGCAGUAAUGGGCAAUGGAGUGAAGGUAGAUGAUGGUUUCACACUAGUUAACCUGAAUCAUAGUCAGAUCUCAUUCUUAAGAGAUCCAUAUAUUUUAGCUUCGCAAGCAAAGCAAGUGUUCUACUCAAGGGAAGACGAGACAUCAAGUUGGUAUGUUGUUAUGAGAGGUCCUUGA